UCAUGUUGUAAUCCAAGAAGCUUCUAGCAACAACAUGUCAGUUGAAACUGAAUGUAUUUAGUGAGGUAUCUUUACAUUAAAACAAGGCACCCGAUGAGAUGCAUCUGCACUGGAGGAUGCAACACAUGUAUAGUAGCCCACCCGCAAGCGACCGAUGCAAGAUGGGUCGAAACGGUCGUUGUGAUGCAUAUUCUCGUGAACUCCGUUUCCCCAAUUCAUUAUAUGUAUUUAUAUAUGUAACACUGAUGUUUAUGUGUGUGUGUGCGUGCGUGCGCAUUAGUUUUAUGCAUGUGGACGCUAACCGGCUCAGCAGUUUUAUGAACCCCUUAUUAAUGUAGCAACGUCAAAAGUAAACAUUAGAAAUCAUAAUUCUUCUUUACUUGACUUGAUCUGCUAAUCAUGUGUUUACUCUAGUUCUGUUGCCCUACAACUUACUAUAGUGAGGGGCAAAUGUAGGACAUCUUAAUAUGUUUAUCAUGUCUCUAACACACACAUGUAUCAGGUUAUAGAAGGUCCUUAUGGAAUAUUUAUUUCACUGGCAAACAUCAAAUGUAUUUGAUCAGUUUGAUCUAGUACCCAGUAGAAAACUGUAAUGACAUUGAUAUCAACCCUGAUUUUCAUGUAAAUUUUCAUUUUCCAUUUUUACCUCCACAAAGGAUUCGGUGAAUUUAGAAAUUGUGAACAAAGAAUAUAGGACACCAUUGCUUGAAGCUGUUUCGGACGGUCACCUCGGAAUAAUGCAGCGGCUGAUAGCCAGGGGCGCGAAUGUAAAUGUUGUCGAACAUGGAGGAAAUAAUUGCCUGCAUCUGGCGUUAAAAAGAGAAAACAACUUUCAUUCUGAGGUGGAGCACAUGACCAUGUUAGAUCAGUACUUAAAAGAUCUGAAACUGGGAAAGAAAGAAAGGUACUCUGAUGUGGUAGUUGCUUGCUACCUAGCCCACCACGGGGCCAACUUUUACUGUAAAAACAAAAGUGGUAGAACACCAUUGGACCUAAUAGAAAAGGAAAAUUUUAAAAAGACGUUAAAUAUGUUAUUCCCACCAACGCACCAUGGUGGAGGAAGACGCAUGGACCAGGCACUGAAGGGACCAAUCAGAUGUGUGUUUUGUGAAGACGAAGUGGCCACAGAGACGUUCUUUCCAUGUAGACAUCUUUCGCUGUGUAAGAAAUGCUGUCUCCCAAAGAUACCUAAACGAUGCCCUAUGUGUAGACAGAAUAUAACGAGCAAAAAUAGUUUGGUUGGUCCAAAUUCGUCAAAGAUGGAAGUCCAGAUGGUGGCAGGACCAGUUGGGAGUCCACAGCUGAAGGAGAAGGAUCUUCUGAGAGUGGCUAAGAGGUUAGGAAGAGAUUGGUGGCAAGUAGCAAUUUUUUUAGGAGUUGAUACAACUAAACUGAAAAUUGAUGAUGAGUCUAUUGACGCUGUAAAACAAGGCUACCUGAUGCUUUACGAAUGGUACAGGAAUUGCGACCCAGAAACACGGACACACGCAACAUUACGUGCAGCUCUUGAAGAAGCUGAAUGUGUCGCUGCGAUGGAAUGUCUGUCAUUAGACGCAAAGUGAAUUUCUGUGUAACUGUUGUUGUUUAGCCUCAGAUUAACCUUGACCAAACAGAGACUUAUGAUCAAACGCAUUCCAGCCAAGACCAUCAUGCCUAUUUCCAAAGAGAACCCACAACCACAUUGUCCAAUAUGCCCUUCUGUACAGUGGUAUCGUGUGAAUUUAGCUACCAAUUCUAGCAGGUAUAUCAACCACAUAGUGAUCCCUUCACUGGUUUGGCUCCUUUGUUAAAAAUUCACAUUUAAAAUAAAGACAAACUUUGAAAUGUUCA